GAAAUUCUAAAACUCGGUUGAACAAGUAGCUCUCAGUAACGUAACCGUAUCGAGCGAAAAAUGAAAUUGAAUCAAUAAAAUAAAUUGAGUCUAAAUCUAGAAUAUAGUCAUAUAAACUAGAUCUAUGUCCUAUGUCUAGAUCUAGCUAGAGUAGUACGGAUAGGAUUAUAACCGAGUAGUAGUCUAAUUCUAUCAUCUAGUGAUCUAGUCUAGAUCUAGCUAGUCACUAGUCUAGUAGUCAUACUAAGUUAACUAAGUUUAAGUAGUGUAUCACUGAGUACCAGUGAAUAAUCAGUGUAACUCAGUCUUCCAAUGCUUUGUGUUUGUAAAGAUUGAACCAUGAGAAAAAAAACUAUUUUGAAAUUGGCAACAGCCAUUCUUGUAACUGUUCUGAUCUGGAUUGUUUGGUUUGCAUCAACACUUGAUUCUGAAGGUGACCAUUUGAUGCUGGAUUCUGUGGCCAAUGAGAGAGUUUAUCCCUACAUUUUGGACAAUGAUAGAAACAUAAAGUAUCCUGCAUUUCACAAUCUAUCUUACACUGAACUUUUGAAAUUUGAUUCUAAGAAUUUGUUUGUAAAUAAAAGUGUACAUUUACCUGAGAAUUUAAAAAUGCUAGAGAUUCCUACUUUAAAUGAAGGUAUUAAAAUCAACAAUGGCAGUUUGAAUAAUGACUCCUUGGAGAAUAUUGUACAAGGUCUUACUUUUUAUAAUAAAACUUUCUACCUGAACAAUAAACCUUUUCGUAUUUUUAGUGGAUCUGUCCAUUACUUUAGAAUUGUUCCUGAAUAUUGGAAAGAUCGACUGUUGAAAUUAAAAGCUUGUGGUCUAAAUACAGUUGAAACUUAUGUCCCCUGGAAUCUUCAUGAACCAUCACCUGGUGUUUUUAAAUUUGAAGGCAUUCUAAAUUUGAGAGCCUUCAUUCAACUAGCUGCUGACUUAGGUCUUUUUGUCAUUCUGAGACCUGGUCCUUAUAUUUGUUCUGAGAUGGAUUUUGGUGGAUUGCCUGGGUGGCUUCUCAGAGAUCCUAACAUGAAAGUAAGAAGUAAUUAUCCAGGAUACAUCUCAGCUGUCAAUAAAUACUUCAGCAUUCUCUUACCUUAUGUACAUAAUCUACAAUUUACAGAAGGUGGACCAAUCAUUAUGUAUCAAGUGGAAAAUGAAAUUAACUCCUAUUCAGGCAAUAUUGAGCAUUUAAAGCUAAUCACUUUUUUAUUGAAGAGUCUAAAAGUAAAAGAGCUGUUAGUAACAAGUGACCACAGAUUUCAAGAUAGCUAUGCUCAUAACAAAAAUAUUGACUUCACCAAAUAUGCUCUGUUGACUGACAACCUGAAAGAUUUCAGAGACAGCAGCUACCAACUUAUAAAUAAACUUAACAGACAUUUUCCUUAUAUGGUCAUGGAGCUAUGGACUGGCUGGUUUGAUUAUUGGGGUCAACUUAAACAUUCCCACUCAUCACCAGAAGUGUUAGAGAAAACCCUAAAUGUGAUACUUUCAAUGGGAGGCUCUUUCAACUUGUAUAUGUUCAUUGGGGGAACUAACUUUGGAUUUACAAGUGGAGCCAACAAUUUCUCUGGAGUCUUUAAUCCUAUGGUAACUAGUUAUGAUUAUGAUGCCAUAUUGACAGAGUCAGGAGAUGUUACAGCCAAAUACCAUGUGGUCAGAAACAGUCUGUUGACCUUUUAUAAAAGUAUAGGUAUUAAAGGUUUGCCAGUGAUACCCAAAGACACUAGAAAAGCACAUUAUGGAGAAGUUGAACUAACAGAUAUGAUGGAAUGGGAUGUAUUCAUUUCUCUGAUACCUAUUGCUGCAACAGAUGAUAAAGUGAAUUACAUGGAGACAUAUAAAGAUCAUAAUGACCAUUCCAACACAUUGGGAUACAUUGUUUAUUCCUAUUUGAUUGGUCAAGAUACACAUUGGAAUAAAAUGCCAGGCAUUCAGCUAACUGGAGAAUACAAAGAUAGACUUACUGCUAUCUUAAACAGUGAAAUAUUUUACAUUCAAGAUGAUUUAAAAGCAAGUAAAGAGGAUUUUUUUAUCACUUACAAGUGGGAUGAGAAAUUUAAAAAAGACCAUUAUGAAUUUAUGUAUGAUUAUUUGGAUGAUUACUAUGAUGUGUUCAACAUGCAACAUUGGCUUUUACCUUUUCUACACAGAGUCAAGAAUAUUACAGCCAAGAUGGAAAAGAGAGGCAGUAAAGUGACUAGACGUUUAGAUCUGAUGGUUGAAAACUUAGGCAGAGUUAACUUUGAAUAUGGAACAAAGGAAAACAUUCUCAAUAGUCAAAGAAAAGGUCUCAGGGGGCCUGUAUUUCGUUACAUAUUUGGUCUAAUGGAAGAUUGGAAUAUUCGAUUUCUUACAUUUGAUCUGGAGCAGUAUAAAAUGUUAUCAAAAUCCAUGACUUGGGAGAAAGUUGUUGAUGUUGAACAAAGAAGAAAAGAAUCUGAGGAGUCUAAACAAGCUCCUACUUUGUUUAGAGCCUAUCUAACCAUAAGUGGUGUCCCAGCUGAUACUUUUCUCAGGCUAGAUGGUUGGACUAAAGGAGUUGUGGUCAUCAAUGGAUUCAACCUUGGACGUUACUGGAAGAUAGGGCCUCAAAGAAGUCUCUAUGUACCAGCACCAAUCCUUAAAUCAGGUAUCAAUGAGAUAAUUGUCUUUGAAGAGUUGAAAAGAGGAAACAGUCUUUUGUUUACAAGCACUGCAGUUCUUGACUAGUUCUGGAAACCUUAGUUAGUACUUAUGACCUGUUCUGGGAUAACACAUGAAUGCUAGCAUGCUAGACUUUUGAUUUGAUUUCACAAAAUUGAUCUGUGAUUUAGUUGACAUUCCACUUACUAUUAAAACUUAAGAAACUAAAAUGGUAGAAGCAUUUUCAUGUGCUCCAACAACAAAUAUGUCUACUAGUAUGCAACUUGCGUAUUUAGCCUACUAUACAAAUGAACAUGAAAAUACACAAGUACGAUUUCUUUGUCUAAAAAUACAUAAUCUCCCCUCAAUGAAAAGCUAUUUCUAGAUUUUAUUCCUCUAAAUUCACAAUUCAAACAAGAAAAAAAAAGCAAAGGAAUAGUGUUUAAAGUAUUCUACUACAAUACGUGUCUUUCUUUGAGUUAGAAUUUUAGCCUGAGUGUAUUCAUCAAUUUUCAGCCACCAUUCUCACACAGCACAUUAUUUAUUUUUGAGGAAUAUUUUUCUUGUAAAGAGUUGCAUUUAAAUUGACUUCUGAAUUAUAAAUUUAUUAUAGAACAUAUUUAUCUUUUAUUAACACUUCUUUGAUAACCAUUGAAUUGUGUCUCUGCAUAGCUGAUGUGAUAUUAGGUAUUGUUUUAUUGUGAAAUAGCUUGCUUAAACAAAUGAUAAUAUUUGGUUCUAACUGGUCAACUACACCAAUGGAUUCAGGAUUUCCUGAUAGGGAGAGAGCAAAUUGUAGUAAUUCAUGGCUUCAAAUCAACAUCAAAGCAGUAAGUUGAGGAACAAGGUUUAGAUUAUUUGUACAUGAUUGCAACCAGGAGAACCAACAAUUUGGCAGAUUUAAAUCACUGAUUAACAUACAUGACUAGAUUGACACAGGGAUGUGUAGGAUGUAAUUAUCUUCCCAUUAGAAGUAAUGUCUGUAAUUUAUAAGAAAAGAUAAAGGAAUAGUUGGAAAUAUUGGUACAUAAAAACAUAUUUGACUAAUUUGACAUAUUUAACUACUGAUAAGUUAAUGUGUUGUGUGCCUUCAAUAUAGAAUAAAAGUGACUGUACAUUACAUAAUAAGAUACUGUAAUACUUUUUUAUCUGGGGAUAUAUUUGGCUAGCUUGACUUUAUAUAUGAAAAAUUAACCUUGCUAUUUAUAAAUUUUUCUGUGAUGCUUUCUAAAUGAUUUAAAUAUAAUUUGUAAUUUUUUAAAUUAAUUAUGUAAUAAUUUAAACAUGUCACUCAAAAGGGAAAUUUUUUAGCAGUCCCUAAAAGUGGAAAGCCACUAUUAGUUUUGUGUGGUUUGUUUGUCCAUUUGUAUUGUUUAGAUCUCAAAAACUACAUUUCAUAUUUUCGAAGCCUGCAAUGCCUAGGUUUUUUUUUGCAGCCUCUACUUUUUGUCUUCUGAAAGUGAUCCAUUUUGUUUUUAAAAUAUUUGUAAGCCAUUUUUACAAAAAAAUAUGCCAUUUUCAAAACAAUACUUAAAAGAUUUAUAUAAUAAUUACUAUGAAUAGAAAUAAUAGUAAUUUUGUUUGUUUUUUAAUAUAUUUUUAUAAUAUUGUUAUUUGUCCAAAUGAAGUUAUCAAAAAUAUAAAUAUUGUUCAAUUAUUUUUUUUUGUAGGAGCAUCUAAUGAUUUCCCAAGUUUUUUUUUUUUUUUAUUAAAAUGUGAGAUUGCUUAUUGUAUGCACAAAAUUAUCUACAUUUUAAAAAGUAUGAUAUGAUGGGCAGUGUUCUUUAUUAUCAUUGUGUCUCUGGCUAGUAGAUUUUUACAAAAUCAGACACUAAACUAAAGGGAAAGCCAUCUUUUAGAGAUUUGUUCAAAGGGAGUCCUUCUUAUUCUAUGAUAUACUGCAGUCAAAUAUGACUUCACCAGAUUGUUAGCUUCUAUUUAAAUAGAUCAGGGGUGGGCAACUUUUUUUCAUGGAGGGCCGCAUUUAAACAUUUUGGGAAUAGAAGGCAGCACAUACAUAUAUAUAUAUGUGUGUGUACUAACAACUUUGACAAAUACUCUAGAUGACUGUGUACAAUGUCUUUUAAUUUUGUCUUUUAAUUUUGAUUUAGGCCAGUAUUUUACUGCACAUUGACUUUUCUUUACACCAGGAUAACAAAAGUUAGCAAUUUCUGAAACUAAUUUUAAGAAUAAUUUUUACAAUUUUAUCAUUUUCCUUUAGUAUCACAACAAUUCACCACAAAUAAUAAUAAAUAGUAUAAUUGUACUUAAUGUGAAAUAUUUAACUGUUAAGACUCUUUCGUAAUGUUCCAGAACUGCGAAACUUAUAGAUUACUAGUUGUUAUUCUGGUGACUGAUGUCAAAUUACAGUCAGUCAGCAUCUACCUGUUCUUACACUUUUUAGUUUUAAAAACAUUAAAAAUACUUGUUCACAGAUGUAUCUGGACCCAAAUAAUGUAAACAUUUAGAAGUAACAUGUGGAAAUGCAACUUCUGGCACCCAAAAACUUCCUCGUAAAAAAUUGACUUGAACUUCUCUUUCAGCUCAUAAUUUGCUUGGAGGUAUGUCCUCUGGAGCUGAAUAAGCUUCUUCGUUAAAUGGUGAACUGAGGUAUUGAAAACUGGUUUCAAGUUCUUGACGUCUUAAAAUUUGCUUUCAAAUGAAGAAAUCGAAAUAAGUUUUCUACUUUUCAAACAAUUUCAUUGCAAUAUUUUCAAUGAAAAACAUCAAGUCUGUCUUCCACUGUUCAUUAGAAGUAUUACUAACAAAGUCACAGUAAUGUACUUUAAGGGAAUUCACAUUUUUUUCAUUAAGCUUCUAUAUCUCUCAAUACCUUGCUCAUGCUAAGACAGUGGAUACUACUGUGGUACUGAACAUCGAAGUGUUUUGUUUCCAAAUCUUUAAGUACUUCUCGGAACAGCCUGUGGUUAAGACCCCUAGCUAUGAUAAGUUUGAUUACUGACGCUAGUUGGCCCAUAAAACAUUAAAUGUUCAAUGCAGCUUUGUGUAAACUUUCCUGUUGAGUUUAUUGUUGGGAUAUUGUUCAUUUAUUUAUUUAGAAACAAACAAAAAUCACUUUUUCUCAGUCAAAGCAUGGGCUCCAUCAAUUGUUACACUUGUUUUCUAGUUCCAAGCCAACAAAACAUUUUCAACACAAUUCUUCAUAGCAUUGAAUGAAUACUGGUGUUUAUUUGUGUCUUGAAUAUAUUCUCUACAUGUAGAGACAAUGUUUCUUUAGCUUCUUCAUCAUAAGUGAUAAAAAUCAGAAGUUUCAGUAAUUUCUUUUUAUAUAUUUGAAUUUUUUAUAUGUGUAAUCCGUUGGCACACCUGAUUUCUGUACACGGGCCGCAUAAAACACUCCGGUGGGCCGCAUGUGGCCCGUGGGUCGUAAUUUGCCCACCCCUGGAAUAGAUGGAUUUAACAAAAUGUAUUUAUCAUAUCGGCUCGAUAGAGCAUAUAUAGUAUAUAGAGUAUAAUCUCUAUAUGAACAAUAGAAGUAUUUAUAGUGUUACUUUUCCUUUGUUCAUUCACUUGUUCUCUAUUACCAACAUGUCUUUUUUUUCUUUUUUUUUCUUUAAUAACCAAAUCACUCACUGUAAAUGUUGACUUGGCAAAUGUAUGGUGUGUUAAAUAAGAUUCAAUCAAAUGAAUUAGUAGCUUUGAGAGUCUAUUAAGCUUUCUAAUUUUUUUUAAGAAUCUUUUUUUUUAUGAUUCA